AAAUGAUAUGUCGUGUUUAAUGAUUGGCUGCCGGGUCAAACUACUACCACGUGGGAGCAAGGCUCGACCAAUGGGCGCUUUCGGGGCGUGGUCAAUGUAGCAUCGCUGCCUUCCAGCCAUCAUGCUAGCUGAAGAAGUCCUGUGCAACUAGCUUUGCUAACUCAUGCGAUGACAUACUGGGUCAAUUUAUCUGUGUGUGUAUCUUUUUUUUUCAUUGACACUGGGAUCUAGAAUGGAAACAGCUACUUGUGUGUGAAGAUCCUUGUUUUCUCUGCCAAGACGGCCCGAUAGGACAGCUGUUUCGGUUAACUAGCCUGUAAGCUAGCGUGGCUAACCUCAACAUAUUGCCUGCCAUCACGACCAGCACAACAGACACCACGCCAAGUCCACAAGUCGGCGGUGUGACAUUGGGAAUUUCUACCAUCGCCAUGGAGAAGGCUGAUUUCUUGAAAGGACUUCCCGUCUACAAUAAGAGCAACUUCAGCAGAUUUCAUGCAGACUCCGUUUGUAAAGCAUCUAAUCGGAGGCCCUCUGUAUACCUUCCAACACGAGAUUACCCCUCCGAACAGAUUAUUGUAACAGAGAAAACCAACAUCCUCCUGCGUUACCUCCAUCAGCAGUGGGACAAAAAGAAUGCAGCAAAGAAAAGGGAACAGGAGCAAGGUGAGGGGGACAGUCCUGCACCCCCAAGGAAGAUCGCCAGGACAGAUAGCCAAGAGAUGAACGAGGACUCAUAAGUGUGUGUGUGUGUGUGUGUGUGUGUGUGUGCAUGGGAGAAUGUGUGUGUGUGUGUGUUUGUGUAUACAGAGUAUAGCCAGUAAAAACUUACAAUAACAAAGGAUAAUCCCUCCAGUAUAGAUAUUUCUGGCCAUUCUGCACUUUGCCAGGAUGCGUCACUGAAUGAGAAUUUGGCAACAAAGCAACGAUUUUUAGUGUAAAGAUUGCUUGAGUGAAAAUAAUGUAACCAGAAAAAGAUCUGAAAGUUACUGACAGAACAGUGUCGCUGUUAGGGAGAAAACUUUAUACUGAUGUUUAAAAAAUAUAUGCUGGCUAUUCUGUUGUAAGUGUGUACAUGUUUGUAUGCAUGCUGAGCUGUGAGUGUGUAUUGUACUGUGUGUGUGUGUGUGAUGUGAAUGAGCAGUUGAAAAAAUGUCAGAUUAGAUUUUAAGAUCAGAGAGGGACUUGACAGAAGUCAGACACUAUCCUUAAAAACAGUCUCAUUACAGGCACAUGACCUGUAGCCAUCUGUCACCUGGAGAGUCUGUCCUGAUUUGUGCAAAGAUAACUUUUGUUACUGUUUAAAUUUUAUUAUGACUAAUAUUGUUUAUGUAUGGCAAUGAGCUUCCUGCCAGCCACAGUGCCCACCCUCUCGGUUUCACUGCCCACUCUGCAGCCACAUGGGGGCAAUUCGACAUUUCUUCACACUGUUUGAAUCAAUAGAACCAAGACUGCACUGUGAACAGAACAGCACAAAGUAGAAGCAACUCUUCCAGAAUCCCCCGUAGAUGUGUUUUUUGGUGAAUAUGCAUAUCUUCAUUCUAGUCUGGGACUCGUAGGAUAAACGUUGUGUUGGUGUUUCUGAGAAACGUAUUACAUCUAGCACCACCGUCUGGCUAAUUAACACUAGUAAGUAUGGGAUUUUCUGUGAGUUUUAGCUGUUCUUUCAUCAAACGCUGUAAAAUAAAAAGUUGAGCUCAAAUAUGGAUAUUUAACAUUGGAUUUUCAGUUGCGCAACAAGGUAACAGCAAAGAUAUUGGAGAAAAAUAUGUAAAAUAAUAUCUGGAAAAGUGGAAGAAGACGUGAUGCGUGUAAAUAAUUUCCAGUAUCAGAAUGAGUUUAUCCAAUUGAGUAUCUUUGUGUAUGCCUUUCUUUUUGUCAAAUAAUACAUGACCAUGGAUACGAUAGAAAAUGCAAAAGGAAGUUAAAGAGCCUCGGUGCCCAGUGUAAGUUACCUUGCCUUGCAUGUUGAUGUUUUCACGGCUGGGUAUUACACUUCUGGACCAGUAAUACAACUUGAGGGGUGUUGGGGUUGUGGUGUUAUCGUAUGUGACUGUGGAAGGUAUUAGCCCAGAGGCCUAACAACCUGUCAUGGUUCGGACCCCCGAGCUCCCCCAGCUCAGGGCCCGGGAUAGCUGUGCAGUUCGUCCUGUCUUUGUGACGGCACUGGAUGGCUUUUGUCUGAGAGCGGGCUACGAUGAACACAAGGCGGUUGAAGGAGGUGUUAUAUUUUCAGCCAUAGAAUGCACAAUAAGCAUGCACAGCGAAGUGCAGUCGCCAUCCUGCCUUGUUCCUGAGCUUCAGUUUGUAUUGGUGUCAUAUACUGUACAACACUGAAUAAAGCUUUUUUUUAAAUAGUAUCACUGCCCAGCAUAGUCGCAUCAAAGCCUCCUGUUCUUCCUGUCCUUUUUUCAGUCGAUGCUGUAAUGUGGGUUGACAUUGUGGUCAGUCUUCCUACUUGCAGUGUAAAUGCUGUCUGUUUCUGAAGUGUAGGUCGACAUUAUGCUUCUGCUCAGAUAGACGGAUAUAACACCCUAAGCCUUGCCCCAUCCUGUGUGUUAGAUCAGACAUGUUCCUUUUGGCUUUGCUGAAAUAAAACUGGAUUGAAACUGGA